AUGCGGCGACCGACGUUCCUUCGCGUGUAUUCUUCUGACGCUACGGAGAAGGCCGACGAGGCGACGCCGAUCAACCGGUCGGACUCGGACGACGUGCGGAACAGCAUCGACAACAACGAGCUCCACCUCUACACGGAACUGCACAACGACGAGCAGAUGCUCAUGUUCCGGCCGACGAUGGCGCUGGAAGGUCCCGUCGCGCGGUCCUACUUCGACGGGACGUGGCCGUGGCAGUGCGCCGUCGUGUUCUGUUUUUGCUUUUGGAGCCACGCCGUGGCGACGCGAGGCGCGGUGCUGCGUGGAAAUCAAAUCUCGCGCAAUAACAUGACUCACUGGUUGAUUUCCACACAGGCGCGGCGGUCGGCAUAAACCUCGCCCAAAGCCAGCUCGUCACAUUGGCCGCGGCGGCGGCGAUUCACCUCGUCGUGCCGGCGGCGCUCGGCGCGUACGCGGGCAUGAUCGAUCCCCGAUUGGCGCCGAACUGGGGCUGGAUCACGCUCCACGCGUCCCUCGCGGUGGUCGGCUGGCUCGCGCUCUCGCGGUACAAGCUCCUGAACGGCGUCGGCGGGCGGCUGGGCACGAUGACGUACGUCACGGGCAACGUCGCCACGUUUCUCGCCAUCGCUGCCGGCGACGUCGCAUGCAGUGCACAAAUCAAAUUGUCGCGGCGCGUCUCCGCCGGGGUCUCCGCCACUGUUGAAUCAUGGCCUCCACGCCAUCGACGCGACGUCGGUCACUGGUUGAUUUACGCACAGGUCGCAUGGGACGAGCUCUCGUGCUGCAACUACGAGAAGCGCGUUGCGAGGGUCGCCUCGGUCGGCACGUGCGUCGCGGUCGUGUUUUGUGCAGUCCUGACGCGCCUCGUGAGCCAGUUCCUGGGCGGCACGCGCUGGGGCUCGCCGGUUGCGGCCGGGGCUUUUGUCAGCUUUGCGCUCAUGUUGUGUAUUUCCGUCUCGGGAUACAAGCACGCGGCGGCGGUCGAGCUGGGCCUCGGCGUCGGGUCCUUCGUGUCCAUGGGCUCGACGUCGUUGCUCCCGGAGACGUCGGACGUCGCCGCCGCGGCCGCGCUCGCCGCGGGCUUCGUCCUGCUCCUGCUCCCGAUCCAGGUGCACCCCCCAGGCGGCAAGCAGGGCCUCACCGCGGUCCUCGGCUCGCUGGCCUGGGCGGGCGUCCGGCGGCUUCUCUUCAGGCCGCCCGACGCGCGUGGAUAA